AUGAGGUUCUUAUGUCUUCAUGGCGCCAUUGGUAACAUCGACAAUAUUAAUAUUCAGCUUGAUCCCCUAGUGAAGCAGAUGGCCACGGAUGGUUUCGCUUCGUUCCACUAUAUCAACGGUCCUGUUCUUGUGUCUCCACCAGCAGGGUUCACGGAGUAUUUCGGUAUCGGGCCGCAUUACCGGUGGUUGGAGGAUGGAGGAGUAGCAGAGAACUCAAUGAUCUCUCGCGUUCGAAAAUCUCCGCAUGGUUCGUGUCCCGAAGAUGUGAUGCGAGCUUUGGGUAACGGUUGGGAUGGCCGUUGGAUAAACCACCAUCAAGUCAUGGAAUACCUCUAUGAUACACUGGAGAAGAAUCCCGAUAUCGACGGCAUCAUCGGAUAUAGUGAGGGUGCUACGAUGGCUGCAAGUCUAAUCCUGGAUGAGGAUAGAAAGGCUCAGGAGACUGGUCGUCCUCGUCACAUCAGAUGCGCGAUUUUCAUCACCGGCUGGCCUCCUCUUUCCCCUGAGGAAGACGUGGUCCUGGCAGAUGAAAGCGACUAUACUCUGGACAUUCCGACGCUUCACGUGGUUGGUGCAGAUGACCCCUACCGAUACGGCGCAUUGGCCUUGUUCAAUAUUUGUGAUCCUGAUACCGCAGCGAUGUUUGACACUGGACGGGGCCACACCAUUCCUCGGUCUGGUCCGAUCAUCACAGAGUUGGGAAAUGCUUCUGUGUCAGAGGAUAAAUGUGCAACGGGCGUUCAUGCUAUUAUCGCUAGGGGGCAAGGCGGGGGCGAUGAUCUGAAUGUAAUGAGCACUCUUUCAGACCUGAUCCUGAAGCAGAUCCCCGGCUCGACAACCCUCGGCUUACCCUACGAUCAUGGAAACGUCUUAACUAAUUUGGACAAAUUAUAUACUGUUCACGACGGUACGCUUCUGAUGCAGCAGUUUGUGCAGGAGUACAGUGAAAGCUGCCCCCAAACUAAGAUCGUGGGAGCAGUUAUCAUGAUGGAUUCUCUGUGCGGAACCAGUGAGGUUGGAGUCCUCUUCGUCGCCCCUCUUGCGCGGACCUACAACUCGACUAUCAUAGCUGCGAUUGCGUAUGGUGAUGAGACAUACUUUCCUGGUAUGCCGUGGAAUGUGGGCAAUUGCACACUGGGUAUAGGCAUGUACCAGCUUCUUCCUCGGCUAAACCCAGCCUUAUGUGGACCAUUUACUAGCUCAAUGCACAGCUAUUGUGAUUACGGUGAUGAACAAUGCUGCUCACCAUACCCCGAAGACGGAAAUGCCGCACACCACGGCUACAUAUGGAAAUACAAUCAGGACGUUGUGGACUUCAUCAAACACCGUCUGGCCACGAUUGAUUAG